AUGAGCACCUGCCCAGCUCUGGAACCGACUUCGGUCGCAUACUUGACGGGUGGCUUUUAUCUAGCGAGUCGAAGCCAGAAGGAAGCAGACAUUGCAGACACUUGUACCGCCGUUAUACCACUCGGCCUCAAACACGACGUAGAACCGGUACUCGACUUGUUAUGGGGAAUUGGUGUGGUUCUCGGCGUCUUGUACGGCAUCCUCUACUUCUUGUGGAUGCGUGUAGACUUGAGAGGCGUUGCGCAUUUCCUUGGUAAAGCUUUGGGGACCCUAACACCUGUGUUGAGAGUCAUGUUUGGUCCAAUACUUUGGGUUUUGAACGUCGUGUUUGGGGUCGUGAGCUUCUUUUACCUGUCGAUUUUCUCCUUGAUAAGUAUAAUAGUGGGGAUUUUGAUCUCGCCGUUGCUUAUUCCAUUGCGCCUGGCCCGCUGGACGUGGGGAGUGAUGAACGAAAUGUAUGAGGAGUUCCAACCGGUUUUUCAAUAUUUCAGCCUCGCUGUCAUAAUCGGCCUAGUCGCUGGAACAGCCAUCGCCUUCCUAACCAGAUUCCUCGUUCACCUGCUCCGCACCUGGGUCCCCUUUCUUAGACCACCACGUCAACGCAGACCCACACGAAACCGGCAACCUACGCGCCAUCAUCAACACCCGGAUCACCACGGCACCACCACCACUAGAAGAGACUUGAAGAGCAGCAGCAAGGGCAAAGAAAAAGCCAAAGACCUCCACCCAGACUCGGCGAUCUACUGGUCCUCGUCAUCAUCCGAUGACCUUCGUGACUACCGGCGGGACAAAUCGUCCGCAGCCACCACCACCGCCACCCCAUCGUCUUCCCGCACCAACGCACGGUAUCCUUCCACAUAUGUGGGCGCCUUGCCACCGCUGUCACCAUCAUCGUCGUCGUCGCUAGCUAAGAGCUCGCGGCGAACACUGCCUGCGGGAGUACGCGUGGCAGAUACCAUCCAUGAGGAAUCAUCCGACUAG